GAUGACGUCAGAGCGGAAGCGCCGCGGUUUCCAGACUCUUCUACACUAAGGGUUAGCGUUGAACCUCUAAACCAUUACAGAUACGCGGCGUGUUUCUCAGGAUAACGGCUCAGUAGUCACAGCAGCGCUGAGUGUCACCACUGUGCUUUGACUGUCGGUACGCUGGGUUUGCUUUGGGCGCUUUAUCGCAGGGUAAAGAUCAUGACGACCAUCGACUACAGCGUGUGGGACCACAUCGAGGUAUCUGACGACGAGGACGACACUCAUCCGAACAUCGACACACCCAGCCUGUUCAGGUGGAGACACCAGGCUCGAGUGGAGCGAAUGGAAUCCUUUCAAAAGAAAGGGGAAGAGCUUGAGAAGAACCUAUCAGAGAGCAGGAGGAAGCUGGCAGAGGUGCAAAGGAAGGUGCAGGAGUUGGCGGGUGCAUCCACAGAGGAGUCCAGGCAGGAGUUGGACAAGGCCCAGGCCCAGGAAAGGCAGCUGAGGAGAGAGGAGAGGAGCUGGGAGAAGAAGAUGGAUGAGUAUCGUCGAGAGGAGAAGAAGCAGCCCUGGAACGUGGAUACACUCAGCAAAGAUGGCUUUAGCAAGAGUGUGGUGAACGUUAAGCCGGAGGUAAAGGUGGACACUGAGGAGGAGAAGGAGCUGAAGCAUAAGACCUUUGUGGAGAAAUAUGAGAAACAGAUAAAGCACUUUGGAAUGCUGCGACGCUGGGAUGAUAGUCAAAAGUACCUGUCUGAUUACCCUCAUCUGGUGUGUGAGGAAACAGCAAACUACCUGGUCAUCAUGUGCAUCGACUUAGAGGUGGAAGAGAAACAUGCCCUCAUGGAGCAGGUGGCUCAUCAGACGAUUGUGAUGCAGUUUAUCCUGGAACUAGCCAAGAGCCUGAAGGUGGAUCCUCGCGGAUGCUUCCGUCAGUUCUUCACCAAGAUAAAGAUGGCAGACCAGCAGUACCAGGAUGCGUUUAACGAUGAGCUGGAGUCGUUUAAGGAGCGCGUCCGCGGCAGAGCGAAGAUCCGCAUUGAAAAGGCCAUGAAGGAGUACGAGGAAGAGGAGAAGCAAAAGCGCCUUGGCCCAGGGGGCCUGGACCCUGUAGAGGUCUAUGAUUCGCUACCCCUGGAAAUGCAAAAGUGCUUUGAUGAAAAAGACAUUCAGAUGCUACAGGAUGCAAUCAGUAAAAUGGACCCCACGGAGGCUAAGUACCAUAUGAAGCGCUGCAUUGACUCUGGCCUCUGGGUGCCAAACUCACAGACAGAUGAAGAGGUGGAGAAGGAGGAGGAGCCUCAGUAUGAGGAACUGAAGACGGACACAGGAAACACUGAAGCCAAAUGAACACUCCUCUUCCUCAGCAAGAGCCAGACAACCAAACCCCUCCCCCAAUAAAGCCCCCCCCCCCACAUACCCUCAAAGUUGCCCCUUUCUCCUUAACCCCCUCUCUGUUACCCACCUUCCUCCUGUUUGCCCAUCCUGGCUGCUUUAGAGUGAAUUAAUCUGGUAGGGGGAUUAUGCAAUAAUUGAUCUAACUGGUGGGGCCACUGAGGAUAGAGUUAACAGGCACUGUGUAUACGUGCUUGUCCGUACACACACACACACACACACACACACACACACAGGUGUCCCACUUUUUUGUUUUGUUUUUUAUGUUAGUAAGGGUUCAGUCGGGAAAGCGGAUAAGGAUUAGGUUUUGUAAAAUGUCAACAAGCACAGGAUGUUAGAAAAGAACAGAGAGAUGAGUAGUAGUAAAGGUAAUGCCACACAGAAUGGCUGUUCACAGAGAAAUGGCCCCUCGUGGGAGUACCACUUCUUGCAUGUCUGUCCAACCCUGCCGAUGAAGACCGGCACAACUGUGCUGACGCAGGCACUGUAUCAACACCUGUUAUGGAGUGAGCUGAGCCAGAGUUAUGCUGGUUCAGAAACUGCCCCUAACCCAAUGUAGCGCCCAGUGCCCCUCCCUACUCUCACUGUGCUUCUGUGUUGAUGUGGAAGGUUCGUUUUGCACUCUCGCUGUUGGCCCUGUCUCCUCCACCCCCUUUAUUAUUGUUCCUUGUCUGUAAGCCUGAGGAAACUCCAACACUGUUAUUAGCUUGCUGUUGAUUAAUGAGUAAUUAGUAUUAAAAAGGUGGAAAUUAUUCAGUAAGUGGUGUGUGCUGAUACCUUUCAGUUAAAGCUCCAUUUUAGCAUCAGACAGAAACCACGCCGAUUGGCUGACAGGAAGACAUGCAAAUCUGACGUACUGUGUGCUGCCCCCUGCUGGUGGAUGGCUCGAGAAGCGUGAGCAUGUGAGCGCUCUAGUCAUGUUUAUCUGACAAUUCUGCAUCUGUGAACCACUGGAUUGGAUAAGUGAGGAAAAAUAUUGAAAUACGGUGAUGUUCAUAUUAGAUAUUUUUGUAGUGUCCCCUUUUCUGCAGUGCCCAUGUAUAUAAGUGCAUUGACCUUAUGAUCGUUUAACUUGGCAGCAAAGCUAUGCUUUUCUUUAUGUGCAGCCAUUCGAAGCUGGAGUGAUUGUUUUUCUCCAGCCAGACAUUCAUGUAUAGGUUCAGACUUAUUUCCUUUUAUUUUCACUUGAGUUGUUAAGUAAAGCUCUGCUGUAAACAAA